AUGACUUCGUCUAGUGACGGCCGCAAUGGCGGCGAGCAGUCACUGGACACAGGCGCCUCCGCCUCCAUGUCCCCCGCGAUUCCCCCCCCCGCGACUGCGACCGUGACUGCGCCUGAUGAUGCUGUCGCCGAGACCACGACGGCUGCGACUUCUGCGACUGCCGCCACGGCCGAGACAACAUCUAGGGAGCAACCUGCUGCUUCUUACAUGCCUGCCGACGCAGGCGAGUCUGCGCAGCCCGCAAAGGACCGCGUGUCGCCUUCCACACCGAACCGCAGUAGUGACGCGACCACUGCUAACGCACGACAAACCACUCCGAGACCUGCCCCGGACAAGUCCACGAAAGACGCUAGCGACACUGCCUUGGAACAGGCCAAAUCCGUAGGCCCAAAAGAUGCCGAAGGGGACACUGCCAUGUCGCAUCAACAAAUUCAAAUCCAAGCAGAGCAUGUGCAGCCGCAACACCAUCAAAGUCAACCACAAACACAACCAACACAACCAUCACAACAGCCAGCAUUUGCGCCUCCGCCGCCUCCUCCUCCUCCUCCUCCUCCUCCUUCUUCUUCUUCUCCUCAUCCCCCUUCUUCUCAACCAAACAUGGCCUGUGUUGCUACCAGCGAGCAGUUUCCUCCCGCCACACCCUUUACUCCCUCACACUUGGCCACUCUCGACAACCAUGCCUACAUGAUGAUGGCUCUUGCCUCCAUGUCCGGAGCCCAGAAUCCCAUGUCCCCGCCGCCUACUGUUACGCCAUCCCAGGUGACGUUGCCAACUCUUCUUGAUGAUGGAAUCAACGGCACCGGUGCAGCGAAUGCCCUGCGCCAGACCAACGCAGAAAAGGGACUCGAGUCAUUUGCUCGUAUCGAAUUCGCAGACAGCGUCUUUCAGAUGACGACGUAUGCCGUGAUUAUUGGCCGUGACCAGCGAGCUUUGGAACAAGCCCGACGUGAUGAGAAACGGGCAGAAGAACACCAGCGCAGGGUGCAAGAAAAUGCAAGCAAGGGUCUGCCGCCCCCGUCACCUAUUCGCCACGACCGAGGCAAGUUUAGCAAGUCUUAUGUCAGCGAGGAAGGUGGAAUGCUGGGCCCUGAAUCUGAUAGCGAGGAGAGUGGGCGACCGCCCAAGCGACGGAAAACAAGCACAAACGGGUCUUCACAGCACGAGAACGAGGAAUCUCAAGAGGACAUCAUCUCCAAUCGCCAAUACGUGUCACACACCCCUGGCGCGGCGGCCGUCGACUUGAGCUCUCUCCGGCCAUCGCCUUACCAUGUUCCGUUUAUCGGCAUUCACUCCCCCGGCCCCAACAUUGCAGGCAAAACCAAGGCCAUCUCGAGAGAACAUCUCAAGGUUGUCUACAAUCAGCAAGAGGGCGUUUUUGAGGCUCAUCCUCUGCACAAGAAUGGCUUUUUCUGCGAAGAUGUACACUACAAGAGCGACAAGGUUGUGUUAAAGUGUGGUGAUCGCCUGCAAAUCAAGGACGUGGAUUUCCGAUUCAUCAUCAACGGCGUUGAGAAGGGACGCACCGGCGCAGAGGAGUAUCUGGAGGAGGAGCCGGUGACCAAAACACGUCCGUCUUCUGGCGGAAAGGAAAUGAGCUUUGACUUUGAGCAAUCUCACGGCAAUGGGGAGGUCCAGGAUACCAGUGAUGAGCUGUCCGACGUCGAGAUCAGCCCUCCCGCAAUGUCCGAAGGGGAAGAAGGCGAAUGUGAGGGUGACGGUGAAGAGCAAGAGGAGGGCCAAGAGAGCGAGGGCCAAGACGGCGAGGGCGACGAGCACGGAGACGGCUCUGAACUGAAGAAUGAGUCGGCUGCGGGACCCGAUCCCGCAGUACUACAGAUACCCAAGAAGCGGGGGCCCGGGAGGCCGCCCAAGAAUGGCAUCAUGUCGAAGCGAGAGCAGCGCCUACUCAAAAAGCAGCAACAAGAGAUGGCGAAGAAGACUGUUCCGCAAGCCCCUCCAGUCGAGCCACCAAUCAAACGCAAGGUUGGUCGACCAAGGAAGCACCCCUUGCCAGAAGACGGUGGCGAACGUCCGGAGAAACGCAAGUAUAAACCGCGUAAACCCAAGGAGGAGGGUGGCGAAGGAUCAGAUGCCGAGAGAAGGGCCAAGGAGAAGAAGGAGAGGAAGGCUCGGUCCAAGUCGCCUCCCCUGGAACUCAAGAUUGAGGACUACACAGAGGAGCAGCUCCAGAAACCGAAUAAGAAUUACAGCGUUCUUAUUGACGAGGCGCUGACAGCCGCCGGUCCGAGUGGCUUGACUUUGAAGCAGAUUUACAAGAGGAUAUGCCAGAGAUAUCCCUGGUUCUACUUCCACACAGAGACAAAGGGCUGGGAGAGCAGCGUCAGACACAACCUUAUCGGGAACGAAGCGUUCAGAAAGGACGAGGUAACCGGCCGCUGGACGCGGGUCCCAGGCGUCGAGUUGGACGCGGGAAAGAAGCGGAAGGCUUCUUCCCCCGACAGAGCGCUGGCAGCUCAGUCAUAUGGACCUUACUCGUAUCCCUACAACGCUGCUCAGCAUGUGCCUCCUGGAACCGCCGCUGGCUAUCCUCCGGACCAAGCAAUCCCGGCGUACCAGGUCCCGGGAUACACGACUCAACCUGGCCAGAUACCUCGUCCUCUGCAACCAUACGCAGGGGGAUCCGCCCACCCCGGGCAGCCCAGUUCAACCCCCCCAGCACCAGGCGCUGCACAAGCAGUUGCCCAAACGCAGUUGGCUGGAUAUGGUCCUCCGCCCGCACCGGCAAGGGCGCAGCCUGGCGGUCCCCAGCCAGGAGCAUACAGUUCUCCUUAUGCAUCAAGACCGCCGCCGCCGCCGCCGACGAAUGCCCUGGUCAAGACGGAGCCUGGACGCGCACAGCCCGGCAUGCCAGCGCCAGCGCCAGCACAGCUACCUCCCCAAGUUAUGCCUGCCGCCGCUACAUUUGAUGCCAAAACGGCACCCGGCCAGGCGGCUGCUCAACAGACGCCCGCACCAAGCAGCCACACGUCGGCCACAGCGGCCACCACUGAGCCGGCAAGACCAGUCAUUGACCCUCGGCUGCUCUCGGCCGUGGUUGGGCUCAAAAAUGGUCUUGUUGAAAACCUGAAGAAGGCGCGCAGUCCCAAUGCCGAGGCAAUAGUCAUGUCCGCCUUGAACCGGUGCGUUGGUCUGAAGACGGAGGCCACAGAAAAUGACAGAAUGGAGACCAUCUGUAUCAAGGGCAUUCGACAAGUCAUUGACGGCUUCAACAAGAACAUGAGUCCGACGCCGGGGAGGUCCGCGUCAACAGAAACGCCCCCCGUGAUUGAGCCCAGGGUCCUCAGCUCGUUGAACGGGUUCAAAGAAGUGUCCAUCAAGGCAACCCAGGAGAAACUGGGAGCAGUCCGCGCCGAGGCAGUGGCCCUGUCGGCCAUUGACCGCGUUCUGGGCCUCGCCGACGCGAGCAUCGUUGCCCAGGGCAAGGAAGGCGAGUCGGGUCCAGGGUCGGGCGGCAAUUUCGAAGGCGUGGAGCAGUCUCUGAUGGCGUCUAUACGACAACUUCUCACGGGCAUGAACCAGAAGGUCAAGGGAGCAUGA